AUGACCAUGAUCCACAGGAAUAGAAGAGCAAUUCACCUCAACAACGUUGCUGUUGAUCAAUUUGAAUCUGGACUACUAGUAAAUGCAUACCAAGCCCUUAUCGAGGCUACAGCUCUUCUUAGUGCCGAUACUGAAGAGAGACAAGAACAGCAGACAGAGGAUGCCUACAGAGGGAUGUACCGAUACUUUUGGGUAGAAUGCUCAUCCACUUACAAUCGACCCAAGGAGGAGAAGAAGAAUGAACUCUGUCUCAACGAAGGCAUCUCAUCUUUUCUCUGUUUGCGUGCCUUGAAGGUUACCAUCAAUCCUCAAGACUUGGAGAAGCUUGAUUCAGUUUGUGAUCGUGGUUACUCUUGGGUAAUAUGGUACAACCUGGCUCUGGUUUCCAACCUAAUGGGGACUCGAUUGGGCGAAAAGGGGUACAACCUUUUGGGAAAAGCAUUUGAUCUCUUGCAAAAGGUUCAAACCCGCAUCAACUCGGAAUCAGCCACUUGUGAUUGGUCAUUCCUCCAAAUGGCCAUAAUAAACAACCAAGCCUGCAUUUACCGAGAGCUCGCGAUGAUGGACGCACUUCAUCAAUCUCUCGACAAGCUAAGCGAGUCCCUUUCCUGUCAAUCAACUUCUGUUGUUGGAAAGCAACACAGAGACACAUUUUACUUCAACUUUGUUGUCCUCAGUGGACAAACAUUCGCACCCGCUGCAUAG